GAGUCGACUUUAUUGGCCGUUUCUGGAAUCCUAUCGGGACCAAUGAAAAGCCGGUUCCUAACCCCACCCCUGGGAAAGCUUAUAAAGGCUUGGCUUCCUCUAAAUCCUAUUUUGUUGCAAAUUGUGAGCUGUCGUUUUUUCAGUUGUUGAUCUCAGGCCAUGUCUGGUAGGGGCAAGCAAGGCGGCAAGGCGCGCGCCAAGGCCAAGUCGCGGUCUUCCCGCGCCGGCCUGCAGUUCCCGGUGGGGCGUGUGCACCGCCUGCUGCGCAAGGGCAACUACGCGGAGCGGGUGGGGGCCGGUGCGCCGGUGUACAUGGCGGCCGUGCUGGAGUACCUGACGGCCGAGAUCCUGGAGCUGGCGGGCAACGCGGCCCGCGACAACAAGAAGACGCGCAUCAUCCCCCGCCACCUGCAGUUGGCCAUCCGCAACGACGAGGAGCUCAACAAGCUGCUGGGCAAGGUGACCAUCGCCCAGGGCGGCGUGCUGCCCAACAUCCAGGCCGUUCUGUUACCAAAGAAAACUGAAAGCCAUAAGGCCAAAAGCAAAUGAUCCUGAUGACAGGAUAAACCAAAGACCACCAAAGGCUCUUUUUAGAGCCACCCAACUCUUCAAAUAAAGAGCUAAUAUGCUAUCUUGUGGUCAGCCCUUCACUCGAUACUUUGGUGGCUCUUAAAAGAGCCUUUUGAGUAAAUGGAGGUAAUGCCAAGCCUGAUUACUUGUUCUUGCCCGGCUUGUGGCUCUCCGUUUUCUUAGGCAACAGGACCGCCUGGAUAUUGGGCAACACUCCGCCCUGAGCAAUGGUGACACCUCCGAG